CGACGAACAGCCAAUGGGAGCUCGACAACCCGGACACCUGACCAAUGGGAACUGAGGUGGGCGGGGUCAUCGCGCUGCAGGGCCCGGGUCCGUGAGCUACGGGAUUGCUGGUGCCCAGCGAGCGCGGAGCUGGACGCAGGUGGAUCAUGUGGACCCUGGUGAGCUUGGUGGCCUUAGUGUCAGGGCUGGCGGCUGGGACGCAGUGUCCAGAUGGUCAGCGCUGCCCUGUGGCCUGCUGCUUGGACCCAGGAGGAGCCAGCUACAGCUGCUGCAACCCCGUGGCAAGGGCCUCAGCUCAGGACGAGUGGCCCACAGCGCUCGGCAGGCGCCUGGGCAGGCCCUGCCAGGUGGAUGCCCACUGCUCUCCUGGCUACUCCUGCCUCUUCACUGUCUUGGGGACCUCCAGCUGCUGCCCCUUCCCGGAGGCUGUGUCGUGCGGGGAUGGCCGCCACUGCUGCCCCAGGGGCUUCCACUGCAGUGCGGACGGGCAGUCCUGCUUCCGGAGACCAGAUGCCAACCCCUUGGGUGCUGUCCAGUGCCCCGGCAGCCAGUUCGAGUGCCCCAACUCCUCCACGUGCUGCAUUAUGGCUGACGGCGCCUGGGGGUGCUGCCCCAUACCCCAGGCUACCUGCUGCGAAGACAAGGUGCACUGCUGCCCCCGGGGUACCACCUGCGACGUGGCCCAUACCCGCUGCCUCACGGCCACGGGCUCCCUCCCCCUGGCAAAGAAGGUCCCGGCCCGAAGGACUAACUCAGCAGGGGUCCUGUGCCCAGACGGACGGUCCCAGUGCCCUGACGGCUCCACCUGCUGCGAGAUGCCUAGUGGGGAGUACGGCUGCUGCCCAAUUCCGAAUGCCAUCUGCUGCCCCGACCACCUGCACUGCUGCCCCCAGGACACCGUGUGCGACCUGGCCCAGAGUAAGUGUCUCUCCCAGGAGAACACCACGGACCUCCUCACCAAGCUGCCGGCUCGCAGAGUGCAGGAGGUGAAGUGUGACACGGAGACCAGCUGCCCCGAGGACUACACCUGCUGCCGCCUCCCGACAGGAGCCUGGGGCUGCUGCCCGUUUGUCCAGGCUGUGUGCUGUGACGACCAUGUGCACUGCUGCCCGGCUGGGUUUACGUGCGACACCGAGAAGGGCACCUGCCAGCAGGCAGGCCGCCCGCUGCCCUGGCUGGAGCGGGCACCCGCCCGGCUCAGCCCGCCCGGCCCCCGCGCCGCGGGGAGCGAUGUGCCCUGUGAUGACGUCACCAGCUGCCCCGCCUCCACCACCUGCUGCCGCCUCUCGACUGGAGAGUGGGGCUGCUGCCCCGCCCCCGAGGCCGUCUGCUGCUCGGACCAGCAGCACUGCUGCCCCCACGGCUACGCGUGCGUGGCUGGGGGCCAGUGUCAGAGGGGGGACCGGAUGGUGGCGGGCCUGCGGAAGGUGCCCGCCUCCCGGGCUUCCUCGUCCCAGCGCAACGACACGGACUGUGACAAGCACACCAGCUGCCCCGUGGGGCAGACCUGCUGCCAAAGCCUGAGCAAGAGCUGGGCCUGCUGCCGGCUGCCCCACGCUGUGUGCUGCGAGGACCACCAGCACUGCUGCCCCAAUGGGUACACCUGCAACGUGAAGGCCCGGACCUGUGAGAAGGCGGUGGAUGCUGCCCACCUGCCCCUGGGCCUCCCUGUGGGCGUGGGGGACGUGGAGUGCGGUCAGGGGCACUUCUGCCACGAUAACCAGACCUGCUGCCGGGACAGCCGCGGGAGCUGGGCCUGCUGUCCCUACCGCCAGGGCAUCUGCUGCCCCGACCAGCGCCACUGCUGCCCCGCUGGCUUCCACUGCGGGGUCAGGGGCACCAAGUGCCUGCGCAGGGAGACGCUGCGCUGGGACGCUCCUCAGAGGGAUCCGGCCCCACGAGAGCUGCUGUGAGGAGACUGGGCACCAGACACUCCAACGCCCCCGGGACCCCGCGCAGAGGGUACCGCUGCUCAGGCCGCCUAUCACCUCUCCCCGACCACAUUCUCCUGGACUCUCCGUCGGAGUCCCCCAUCACUGAGGGGGGCCCCCAUCCAAGGCCUUCCCUGUCACUCGGGGAGCUGUGGCCAAAGCCACGUUACAAGCUGCCAUUCUCUCUCCCGGUUUCUACGGACCCUGUGGCCAGGUGCUCUUCCCUAUCCGCAGGUGUGUGUCUAUGUGUGUGCGUGUGUAUGUGUUCCAAUAAAGUUUGUACACUUUC